UAUUUAAGCUGUUUUGCGCGGUACGUAGUUCACAAGCACCUGGCUUUACAAUAUUUUUCACAGAAAACGAAGGAUAAGACUCCUCCUUUCGACGCUGAUUAAUGCUCUUCGAAAUUGACACCUCAUAUUAAGAUGAACACGCGAUGAUGAACUGGAUUAUCUAGGUUAUCUGAACUAUAGAAGUAUAAUACCGGUGUUGAAAUGGCUUUUAACACUAUCAGCUAUGCUAGCAGACGAUGGUUUGUACGAAGUCGAUCGCUGUAUAACGUAUUGCACAGAAGUGGAAUACCAGUUAUAGCUCAGUCAAGCACCAAAGAAAAGUGUUUAGGAGGAUCCGUUGUUUUAAACGGAAGAGCAUUUUCCACUUUAACCAUCAACAAUAAGAACAUACAAGAAGUGAAAGUAGACGACACCCGCGACAUAUUGUUCAAGUAUGACACCAUCAUGCUCGACUGUGAUGGUGUUUUGUGGGAAACUGACCAUGUUACCCAGAUUCCAGGAAUUCCACAAGCAAUGAGCGGCUUACGAACAGCAGGAAAGCAGAUUCUGUUCGUCACAAACAACAGUAUUCCUGGGAGAAAUGCACUUGUUGACAAAUUUCAGCAAUAUGGUUUCAAGGGUUCUUUUGAAGAAAUCUUCACGGUGUCGUAUGCCGCAGCAGUGUACUUGAAAAAUGUUGCAAACAUUCAGGGAUCUAUCUAUGCUAUUGGCACACCUGGCAUGGAAUUUGAGUUGAAGGAAUUAGGUUUAAAGUAUUUCGGCUUUGGACCAGAGACCGAGGAACCAACAAGAGACAAUGAUAAGCUUCUCGCCAUGAAGUUGCACGAUGAUGUUGAUGCAGUGCUGGUUGGAUUUGAUGAGUACUUUGACUAUAUCAAGAUGUACAAGGCUGCAAGCUACCUCACAAAAGCAUCCUGUCUUUAUCUUGCGACUAACAAGCUUGAAGGUGGCGUUAUGAUUGGCCCCAACAGGAGACAACCAAUCACAGCAGCGAUGGUUCAAGCAGUAUCUGUUGCUGCCAAGAGAGAGCCAACAGUUGUUGGCAAACCUGAUCGUCAUAUGUACCAGUGCAUACAGGCCAUGUAUCCUAACAUUGAUAGAUCCAGGACCCUGAUGGUUGGCGACAGUGUGAAGGCCGAUAUUGGGUUUGCCAAGGAGAUUGGUGUGGACUCAGCUCUUGUUUUGUCUGGAGCAGCCAGCUUGGCGACAAUUGAGGACAACCCAGGUCUAGAGCCUGACUAUGUUCUCCAGUCACUGGCUGUUCUUGGUACCAGUUAAUCUUGGACCGCAGGCUGUAAACCUUUGUAACCAAGGACGUAUUAAGGCAGGGAUAAAAAGUUCCCUCUGAUCUACCUCAGGCAAUAUCACUUGUGUCUUUUUUUAUGCAUGGUGGUGUAGGAUUGACAAAUAAUGAUCAGAAUAUUCAGGGUGCUGUGAUUCAAGUGUAUUUACCAUCUUUUAUCAAAACUACACUACCUCUACAAAUUUUAUGAAAUGUGAUUUACAGGAGUUGACCCUGCGUAUGGCAGAAGUAUGGCUGUGUGGCAUCAGGCAACAAACAAUUUUUAUGCAGAUUGAUUAUUUUGUGGACAUUUGAGAAAAACAAAAACAGUUACUUUCCAUCUUCAGCAAUUAAUGCUGACAAGAGCAAGUCUGUUUUGGUCAAUCUAAACUCUUCAUUUCAUCACAAUAGUUUAUGUAACAUAUUAUCAAUGACACAAUUUUCUUAUGGAUGAUCAUUUCCCAUCAAUAAUGAUCCCGAUUAUCAAUCUUUUUUAACCAGCCCUUAUACAAGAGGUCUAAUCUCGAGCCAAUAUCCCCUAACAGACUCAAAGCUACUAAAUAUGCUCAGGCCGGACUUCCAUUCAUCCUAAUGAAGAUGGGAUGUUUCCUGGCAUGGAAAGUGUUGAGUUUGUAUACAUCAUAUCAAGACAAAGAGUAUAGUUGGAUGAAAAUAUGAACCAGUUUAGUUUGUAUUUAAUUCAUGGUUCAGUCAUGGUUUUAGUUUAAGGCUAAAAUUCUCCAAACUUCUAUUUUAUUCCACAAUUAGCGAUAUUUUUAGUACCAAGUAUUUUAAAUAUCAUUAAAAUAUUGAAUGUCAUAUUGACUUGCAUUUUUAAUCAGCAAUAAAAUGGUUUCCAGUUAUUAUUUAGUGGACACUAAAAAGUAAACCAAGCUGUUGCCUUACUGAUAGGAAACUUGAUCCUAUUCGUACAAAACACAUUUGGACUCGUCAUACUCAUGAACUAGGAAUACAAAGUGGACGCGUUUCUUAAUGGAUAACAACUUCUUUCAUAUUCUGUUAUAGAGAUGAUUUAGUAUAGAUCCCUGUGCCUUUGUGAAACAGGGCAGUCAUGCUUGACAACAGUGUAAAGAUUUAUGCCAAACGUUGCUAUAAAGAUUGUGUCAACUUUGUCA